GGGGUCCCACGCGCGUGAUGAGGGUUGCGCACAAGUGAGCCGCACCGCGCCAGUAGCCGCCGGGGAUGAGUUGCGCGUCGAGAGUCGAGGCAGAUUGCGCGACCCGUGCCAUCCUCGGCUCGCCUCCUCUGCUGUGAGCUGUGACUUCACCUCCUCGCCACCACCCCCCGCCCCCUCCCGCGAACCCCCGGGCCAUGUCUCCCCGCGGGACGGAUCGCGCCGGGCGCCCCCAGGGCGCGGACUAUUGAUGGGAAGCGACGCGCGAGAGUUCUCAUUCUUCCGAGGCGCGGAUGAGCGAGGCGCGGCUGGCUGCCGCUGCUGCCGCUGCUGCUGCUAAAGAAGAAGAAGAAGGAGCAGCAGCAGCAUGGUGAUGCGACCCGCGCCGCGGCCUCCGCUCCUUCUGCUCGUCCUCGUGCUUGCCGCUCCGAACAGAGCCACCGGGUCCUCCGAAGCGAACGGGCACCUCUGCACAGAGCUGGAGCCCCUCGAUUUGCUGGCCGAGUCGCUGGCGACGCCGGUGGCAGGCGACCUCCCCCGCGGCGUCACCGUCGUGCAGGAGGGCGGCGUGCGCGGCGCGAGGCUCUCGCCGCGGCGGGCGCCCCACGUGGCCUGGCCGGGCGCCCCCCGGCAGCCCCGCGGUGGACGCCACCUCUCGUUCCCGGCGGCGCGCCUCUUCACGCACUGCCACCGCUUCCCCGAGGAGUUCUCCGUCGUCGUCACGCUGGCGGCGGACACUCGCAAGACGUCGCAGGCGCAGCAGACGCUGCUGGCCGUGAUGCACGAGGGGACGGGGGCGGUGCGCCUGGCGCUGCACGUGUCGCCCGCCAAGCUGCUGUUCGAGUUCUCGCCGGGGGGCGCCGGCAGCACCGGGCGCCACCUCGUCUCGUUCGGCGGCGUGCGCGUCCUCGACGCAGCGUGGCACACGCUCGUGAUGAGCGUCGCCGGCAACGGCGCCACCCUGGCCGUGGACUGCGGGGUCCCCGUGCUCGCGGAGAUGGAAACCACCUUCCCGUCCCAGAUGAGCGUGCACCGAGCGACAUUUUACGUCGGCAAUCGCCGCAGGUCUAAGGGCACGUUCACGGGGCUGCUGAGGCAGCUCGUGCUGCUGCCCGGCGCCGACGCCACGCACAUGCUGUGCCCGAGCCCCGACCCGCAGACGGCGGCACUGCGCAUCCCCCCGGCUCUCGCCCUCAUCCCACCUGGGCCCCCUCGCAGCCGCACUCCCUUCGAGACGGACCUCCGCAUCACCCUGGGAGGGACGCCCCGCUGCGACGGCGGGUUCGCCGGCAGGGUCUGGUUCGACGCGCGGAAGAAAUCCCUGCAUCUGUGCAACGGCACCCACUGGGCGUCGUUGUUCCGAGCUGGGGAGAGACUCAAUUACAUUGACGACCACCAGAACCUGGUGGCCAACUCGGGGACGCGGGACAUUGAGGUGUUUGAGAUCAAGCACGUCGGCAUGUUUGCCGCCGUGGCGAGCGACGACGCCAAUGCGGGCUCCAUCAUCUUCAAGUGGAGCAACGGAACGUUCCAGAGCUACCAGGUCAUCCAGACCAACAAGGCGGAGAAGUGGGAGUUCUUCACGAUCGCUAAAGACUCGUACCUGGUCGUCGCCAAUCUGGGCAGCGACGCGAGCGGGCAGGAGUUCUCGGUGGUGUACAAGUGGAACCGGCGCCAGCGCCUCUUCGUGCCGUACCAGCGCAUCGUCACGCACAGCGCCCGCGACUGGGAAUCGUUUCGCAUCGGCGGGGAGACCUACCUGGCAGUGGCCAACCACGCAAAAGACCAGAACCUUCUGACGGACAGCGUCAUCUACAAGUGGAACUGCCACGAGCGGCGCUUCGACGAGUUCCAGCGCGUGCCCACGGCCGGCGCCUACGACUGGGAGUUCUUCCGCGUCGGGGCCUUCUCCUUCCUGGCCGUGGCCAACACCUACGACGGCGCCUCCACGCGCGUCGAGUCGCGCGUCUACGUGCUCCAGACCGGCAGCUUCGUCUUCUUUCAGGCCAUCGAGACGUACGGUGCCACCGACUGGGAGGCGUUCAUGAUCGAGGGCAGGACGUUCCUGGCCGUGGCCAACGGCGUCGACUUCGGGCCCCACAUCAUGAACACGAGCGAGUACGCCAUCAACUCGACAAUCUACGAGCUCAACGUGGCCGAGCUCAUGUUCGUCAAGUUCCAGGACAUCCUCACCUACAGUGCCACCGACUGGGAGUUUUUCACCGUUGGGGAUGAAAAAUACCUCAUCGUCGCCAACUCGUUCGAUGGCUCAAGCUACUCGUUAAACAGUGUUAUAUACAGGUGGCAAGGCUACGAGCGCUUCGUGCCGGUGCACCGCCUGCCCACGGUGGCGUGCGCCGACUGGGAGAAGGCCGACAUCGGGGACCAGCGGUACCUCCUCUACUCCAACGCGCACGAAAAGGUGUCCAAGGUGCUCAGGCUCAACGUGUCGUGAGGGAGGGUUGGGGGGCGGGGGAAUGAGCGGUCGUGGGAGACGCGAAAGCCGUGGUGGUGGUGGUGGGGUGGCAGGGGUGCAUUUGGAACACGCCGGUAUCUCCACUGGCCACCCUCCCCCCACCCGCACGUGGCUCCCAUCGCGCUGGGCGGGCGACUGAGAUGCACCCUGAGGCGUCAAGCAUUACAAGCAGGAGGUUUGUUU